CCAGGUAAUGUUCCAGUGGGAUUCUUCCUCACUCGAAAGUCCCUUUUCUCAACAGAUAAGUCAAGACUGCAAACCAAAAAUUUGAUAAAUAUCCUUUUCAUACGAUGUGAUCAAAAGUUUCUCCUUAAAUGAGUUUAUAUAUAAGCUACGUUUCAAGGUAAGAUUUACCAUCAUCAAAAGUUAACAACCGCCUAAAUUUCAUUCGUACUUGGAGAAGAGGACUUCUUCUUGAACAGUUAUUGAUUGAAUGCCUCGAGAUGAACCGACCCUUUCUUCUCUUCUUGGUCGCCAUAUGUGCGUUCCUGUCAGUUGCUGCUGAUACAGAUCAAAAUGAAGUAGCUAAAGACAAGGCUGAAGGUGAAUUGAAAGAUUCCAGGAAUAAUCUUAUUGAUGAAGAAGAAGAAAAUGAUGAAGAGGAAGAAAAUGAUGAAGAGGAAGAAGAGGACCUAAACGAUCCGGAGGCCAAAGAUCUGUCAGCCAACCUUCCCUUUCACCCACUGAUGCAGGAGUUCCUUGUUAGACAUAAAAAGCGAAAGAGAGGCUGCAUUAUAAAGAAAUGCCAGAAAUGCUUCUGGUCAUUUGGUUGCCACAAGAUCAUUUUCCAACCUGGCUCUAUGUGCGCGGAGAUUGGCAUACGGUGUUGUGCUCAAUGCCAGCCCAGUCCAUUGUGUACUGCCGCGAUCGGUUUUUGUUCACUUAAAUGCCCUGCCGGAUUCAUCACUGAUACUGGAGGAUGCCCCGGCGAGUGUGAAUGCUGUGUACCACAAAUCGUGGGAUAGUCGAUGAUGCACUUGCUUUUGCUAAGGAGGACAGACUCUGGUGUUGACGACUAGAAAUUCAGGACUCUCCCAGCUCUUGUAAUUCUUUCUACUUUUUGCCAAGUGGCCAGCAAAAAAAUAAAAAACAAUACAAAAAAUUUAAAAAUAAAAAAAAAUACAAAUGUAAUUCAUGCCCAUCAAAGUUUCUGAUGCUAAUGAGGUACCUAAAAGACAGCAGGCUGAUAAGGUGAUAAUAACCUAACCUUCAUCAGAGUUUCGUAAAAGUAGCCAUUGCAACAACAAUCCUAAUAUAUUUCUCGUGUUAGUUUCCACUCCAUUGAAUUACCUAACCUUUUAAGUCAAGUUAUAAUGUUUACAUUUCAUUAUUCCUUUAUUACCUGGUAAAUAGCUCUGAUAAAGGAUACUCGUGGUAAAGCAUUGAAAUUCUAACGGCUUGAAGUAUCUUUUAAUUUGUUAUUAACGCACAUUACACAAGUGGGACAUGUAGGCGUUUACUUGUUUAAAUACAAAGCACU